UUUCUUCCUAGCAGUGACAUCAUUGGCUGAGCCGCACAGAUGCUGUCGGUCUGAGCAACGAGAAGAUGCGCCCCGAGCCAUUGUGUGAGGCGGACUGAGAGGAGGGGGAGCCUGCCGGGGUCUGUACACCUACACCCGAGAUCACCUUAGUAUUGAAAUAGAAAAGAGGACGCCACUAUGGGGGAUGACAGUGAAUGGAUGAAACUUCCUAUUGACCAGAAAUGUGAACAUAAGGUUUGGAAAGCCAGGUUAAAUGGCUACGAGGAGGCUGUGAAAUUAUUCCAAAAGAUUGUGGAUGAGAAGAGCCCAGAAUGGGCAAAAUAUUUGGGUCUAAUAAAGAAGUUUGUAACAGAGUCUAAUGCAGUUGCCCAGUUAAAGGGUCUGGAAGCUGCUCUGGUCUUCGUGGAAAAUGCACAUGUCGCAGGAAAAACCACAGGGGAAGUAGUGUCUGGAGUUGUAAAUAAGGUAUUUAACCAGCCAAAAGCCAAGGCAAAGGAGCUUGGCUCUGAUAUCUGCCUCAUGUACAUAGAGAUAGAAAAGGCAGAAGCUGUACAAGAAGAGCUGUUAAAAGGUCUGGAUAAUAAGAACCCAAAGAUUGUGGUGGCCUCGGUGGAGACACUGCGGCGAGCACUGAGUGAAUUUGGUUCAAAAAUAAUGACACUGAAGCCAAUUAUUAAAGUGUUGCCAAAGCUCUUUGAGUCCCGUGAGAAGGCAGUUCGAGAUGAAGCUAAACUCUUGUCAGUGGAGAUAUACCGCUGGAUAAGGGAUGCUCUGAGGCCUCCUUUGCAAAACAUUAAUCCUGUGCAGCUUAAAGACCUAGAGGAAGAGUGGGUGAAGCUUCCCCAGUCUGCUCCGAAACAGAGCCGCUUUCUGCGUUCACAGCAAGAUCUUAAGGCAAAGUUUGAGCAGCAGGCCGCCGCUGGAGAUGGUGGAGAUGAAGAGUGUGAAGAGGAGGCUAUACCACAAGUUGAUGCUUACGAGUUGCUGGAAGCUGUUGAGAUCCUCGCGAAGAUGCCCAAAGAUUUCUAUGAUAAAAUUGAGGCCAAAAAGUGGCAGGAGAGGAAGGAAGCUCUGGAAGCUGUGGAGGUUCUUGUAAAGAAUCCAAAGCUUGAGGCUGGUGAUUAUGGUGAUCUAGUGCGUGCUCUGAAAAAGGUUGUUGGAAAAGAUACAAAUGUGAUGCUUGUGGCUCUAGCUGCCAAAUGUCUGGCUUGUCUAGCCAGUGGUCUCAGGAAGAAAUUUGGAACCUACGCUGGAAUUGUUGUGCCAACAAUAUUGGAAAAAUUUAAGGAGAAGAAGCCACAGGUAGUCCAGGCUCUACAAGAAGCAAUAGAUGCCAUAUUUCUCACAACAACAUUGCAAAACAUAAGUGAAGAUGUCCUUGCUGUUAUGGACAACAAAAACCCAUCAAUAAAACAACAAACCUCUCUAUUUCUUGCGAGAAGUUUCCGCCACUGCACACCCACCACUCUGCCCAAGGCCAUGCUGAAACCUUUCUGUGCGGCGCUCCUCAAGCAUAUCAAUGACUCUGCUCCAGAAGUAAGGGAUGCCGCCUUCGAAGCACUUGGCACAGCGCAGAAAGUGGUAGGAGAAAAGGCUGUCAAUCCAUUUCUUAUGGAUGUGGACAAGCUGAAACUCGACCGUAUCAAAGAGAGUGCAGACAAGGUGGAACUGGCCAACGGCAAGAAACCGGUUUCUGCGGAUAAGAAGGACUCUAAAGGUCCAGCUGUAGCUGCUGGAAAGUCAGCUCCUGGUGCUGUGGAGAAAGAUGCAAAGGAGCCAGUCAAAGCUGGCCCCCCUCCAAAAAAGCCUUCGGCUGUUAAGCCUGGUGGACCCGUGAAGAAGACCAAACAAUCAGCAUCUGGUGGAGGAGCUGCCAAGUCGAAGAAGGGAGAGGUUAAAGAGAUCAUUGAGCAGGAGCUCUCGCCCGAGGCAUGUGAGGAGAAAGCAGCAGCUGUACUCCCAGCAUCAUGCAUGCAGUUGUUCGACAGUGGUAACUGGAAGGAGAGACUUGCAAGCAUGGAGGAGUUUCAGAAGGCUGUGGAGUCCAUGGAAAGGAGUGAUAUACCCUGCCAGGCACUGGUCAAAAUGCUGGCAAAGAAACCUGGAUUUAAAGAAACAAACUUCCAGGUUAUGCAGAUGAAGUUACACAUUGUGGCACUCAUUGCACAGAAGGGAAAUUUUUCUAAAACGUCCGCUCAUGUGGUCCUGGACGGUCUGGUAGAUAAAGUUGGAGACGUGAAGUGUGGAGGAAAUGCCAAAGCGGCUCUGAGUGCUAUUGCAGAGGCUUGCUCCCUGCCUUGGACUGCAGAGCAGGUUGUGUCACUAACUUUUGCACAGAAGAAUCCCAAGAACCAAUCUGAGACUUUGAACUGGUUGUCAAAUGCCAUUAAAGAGUUUGGAUUUACAGGACUGAAUGUGAAGGCAUUUAUCAGUAAUGUGAAGACUGCUCUUGCUGCUACAAAUCCAGCCAUUAGAACAUCUGCAAUCACUUUGCUAGGUGUGAUGUAUCUGUACAUGGGAGCCCCACUGCGCAUGUUCUUUGAGGAAGAGAAGCCUGCUCUCCUAUCUCAAAUUGAUGCAGAGUUUGAAAAGAUGAAGGGGCAGACUCCUCCUGCACCAACUCGAGGCUCUUUAAAAGGAGGAACAGGAGGUGAGGAGGGUGAUGAUGGAGAUGAACCAGAAGAAGAUUCUCCUCCUGAUGUAAUGGAUCUUCUGCCAAGAUCGGACAUCGGUGACAAGAUCACUUAUGACUUGGUGGCCAAAAUUGGUGAUAAAAACUGGAAAAUACGUAAAGAAGGGCUUGAUGAAGUUGCCACUAUAAUUAACGAGGCCAAGUUUAUACAGCCGAACAUCGGAGAGCUUCCAGCUGCACUGAAAGGCCGUCUUAACGAUUCAAAUAAAAUUCUAGUUCUUCAAACAUUAAGCAUCCUCCAGCAGCUUGCUACUGCCAUCGGGCCAAAUAUCAAGCAGCAUGUGAAGAUCCUUGGGAUGUCUAUUAUUACAGUCCUGGGGGACAGCAAAGCAAAUGUGAGAGCUGCAGCCUUGGUUUGCCUGAAUGCAUGGGCUGAACAAACCGGCAUGAAGGAUUGGUUAGAAGGAGAAGACCUGUCCGAGGAGCUGAAAAAGGAAAAUCCUUUCCUAAGACAAGAGCUCCUGGGGUGGUUGGCAGAGAAGCUGCCUACCUUGCGAGCAGCACCAUCCGAUCUAUUCUUGUGCAUUCCCUAUUUGUACAGCUGCUUAGAAGACCGCAAUGGGGAUGUUCGCAAGAAAGCUCAGGAGGCUCUUCCAGUGUUUAUGAUGCACAUUGGGUUUGAAAAAAUGUCAAAGGCCACAGGUAAACUCAAGCCAGCGUCCAAGGACCAGGUGUUUUCUUUACUGGAGAAGGCAAAAGCUACCAUGCCUGCCAAACCUGCUCCUCCUCCAGGAAAGGCAUCAUCUAAACAGCCUGGGGCAGCUGCCACGUCUUCUGCGCCUCCUGCUUCUGCAGCUGCUUCAGAUUCCGGGUCAUCUGCAUCAGAUUCCAAACCAGAUCCCAAAAAAGUCAAACCUGGGGCUCCAGCAUCAAAAACAAAGACCCCAUCGGUAUCAUCUGAAGUCAAUAACAGCAUGAACCAAUCUAAAGCCAACACCAGUCUGACCAAAGCAAAGCCAACAAAACAGGUUGUUCCUGGAAAGAAAGUGCCAGUCAAACCUAAUGCGAAGGAUGAAGAGGAUCGAUCUGGUCCCAUUUUCAUCAUUGUCCCAAAUGGGAAGGAGCAGAGAUUGAAAGAAGAGAAGGGGUUAAAGGUUCUAAAAUGGAACUUUACUACCCCUCGAGAUGAAUAUAUUGAGCAGCUAAAGAUACAGAUGUCAACAUGUAUUGCUAAAUGGCUCCAAGAUGAUCUUUUCCACGCAGACUUCCAACGCCAUAUAAAGGGCAUGAAUGUGAUGAUGGAGCAUUUAGAAAGUGAAAAGGAUGGUGUGAUGAGUGUUUUGGAUCUGGUCCUGAAGUGGUUUACUCUGCGCUUCUUUGACACGAACACUAGUGUCCUAAUGAAGUGCUUGGAAUAUUUGAAGCUGCUUUUCACCAUGCUUAGCCAAGAGGAUUACCAUAUGACUGAGCUGGAAGCCAACUCCUUCGUCCCUUACCUACUACUUAAGGUUGGAGAGUCAAAGGAUCUUGUACGUAAAGAUGUGCGUGCCAUUCUAACAAAGAUGUGCCAGGUGUACCCAGCCAGCAAGAUGUUUGUUUUUGUCAUGGAUGGAACAAAGUCGAAGAACUCCAAACAGAGGGCUGAAUGCCUGGAGGAGUUGGGUUGCCUAGUGGAAUCCUAUGGCAUGCACGUGUGCCAGCCAACCCCUGCCAAAGCUCUGAAAGAGAUCGCUGUGCACAUCGGGGACAGGGAUACGACUGUACGCAAUGGUGCGCUUAACACAAUUGUGGCGGUAUACAACGUACAUGGAGAGCAGGUCUUCAAACUUAUUGGAAAUCUGUCCGAGAAGGAUCUGAGCAUGCUAGAAGAGCGGAUAAAAAGAGCGGGCAAGAAAACUGCGGCUGCACCAGCUAAACCAGUCGAGGAAAAGCCUCAGCGCGUACAGAACGCCAACACCAGCCUCUUGCGCAAAGCGCCUCCUGAAGAUAUGUCGUCCAAACUGAAAAUUAUGUAUCGCACUUAUAGGAUCCAAGCUCGCAAUAUGGGGGGUAAUGCUGAACCACCAGCCCACUCAGUCCCACGUGAAUUCCAGCUGGAUCUUGAUGAAAUCGAGCAUGACAAUGGCACCGUUGGGUGGGAGAUACCGGCUCUUGUUCAGCACAAGCUGGAUGAAAUCUACGAUCCGGUCUCAAUUCCAGAGCCAAAGAUCCGAGCCAUUUCGCCCCACUUUGAUGAUAUGCAUAGUAACACAGCUUCUACCAUCAACUUUGUGAUCUCCCAGGUUGCUAGUGGUGAUAUCAAUGCUAGCAUACAGGCUCUGGCCCAGAUUGACGAGGUACUGAGACAAGAGGAUAAGGCAGAGGCCAUGUCUGGCCACAUUGACCAGUUCCUCAUUGCAACCUUCAUGCAGCUGCGUCUGGUGUACAAUACGCACAUGGCAGAUGAGAGGCUCGAUAAAGAUGAUAUUGUGCGGCUAUAUAGCUGUAUUAUUGGCAACAUGAUAUCGCUGUUUCAGAUGGAGAGUCUGGCACGGGAAGCUUCAACCGGCGUUCUGAAAGACCUUAUGCAUGGCCUCAUCACUCUCAUGCUGGACACUCGUGUUGACGAACUUGAGGAGGGGCAGCAGGUGGUUCGCUCUGUGAACCUCUUGGUUGUGAAGGUGCUGGAAAAAUCUGACCAGACAAACAUAUUGAGUGCUCUGCUGGUGCUUCUCCAGGACAGUCUGCUUGCUACAGCCAGUUCCCCCAAAUUCUCUGAGCUGGUUAUGAAGUGUUUAUGGCGAAUGAUUCGACUCCUCCCUGAAGCUAUAAAUAACAUCAAUCUGGAUCGGAUCUUACUUGACAUGCACAACUUCAUGAGGGUUCUCCCAAAGGAAAAGCUGAAACAGCACAAGAGUGAACUUCCAAUGAGGACUUUGAAAACCUUGCUGCACACACUCUGCAAGCUUAAAGGACCCAAGAUCAUGGAUCAUCUAAGUAUGAUUGAGAAUAAGAAUGAGUCUGAACUCGAGCUCCACCUGCUGCGAGUCAUGAAGCACUCAAUGGACAGUACGGGAUCAAAGUCUGACAGGGAAACUGAGAAAGGAGCCUCUCGCCUAGAAGAAAAAGCUGCAAAAGCCAACGUUAGUGAUUUUCUUGCUGAGAUCUUUAAGAAGAUUGGCUCAAAGGAGAACACGAAGGAGGGCUUGGCUGAGCUGUAUGAAUACAAGAAGAAAUAUUCUGAUGCAGACAUAGAGCCCUUCCUCAAGAACUCAUCACAGUUUUUCCAGAGCUAUGUGGAGCGUGGGCUCAGACUGAUUGAAAUGGAACGGGAAGGAAAAGGCCGCAUUGCAUCGUCAACAGCAGGAAUCACGUCUGCUGUGAAUGAGAGUACACCUGCGCCCACAGUGACAAGUUCCACAACGCAAGUUUCAAAUGCAAAUUCUAAUGGAGAGGAAGUUGGGCCCUCGGUUUACUUGGAACGACUGAAAAUCCUGCGCCAGAGGUGUGGUUUAGACAAUGCCAAGCAAGAGGAGAGGCCUCCUUUGAGCUCCUUGCUCUCAAAGUCCUCUGCUCCAGCGGUUGUGUCCUCCACGGAUAUGCUGCAUAGCAAGCUGUCUCAGCUGAGAGAGUCUCGUGAGCAGUUCCAGCACUUGGACCUGGAUUCUAACCAGACACGCUCCAGCACCACAUCGUCCUCAUCCUCUGCAACCAACAUUGACGACUUGAAAAAGAGACUGGAAAGGAUAAAAAGCAGUCGAAAAUAAACACUCAUUACCUGCUCCAGGCUGCUGUUCUGUCCCUUUAAUCCUUCCCUAGGAGUCCUUUCCCUGGCUCGAUGGCUUUGUCUAGGCCUAAUGUAAACUAUUGUUUUAUGUAUCAUACUGUGCAAUUAUUUGUUAUCGAGGCAGGAGAACUUAUUGUGGCUGAGUAUUUGUAAAUAUCUUGCUGUUCUAACUGUGUUUUAGUGUACAGAGACUGUUUACCUGCCCUUAACUGAUCUUCUAUACCUCCUUUAAUUUCUUUUUCUUUGUCUGUUUUUAAUUGUCCGUUUCCAUGGCUCUUAUCUCUGUAGCUUUGUGGCUGUAUGACUUGCUUUUAAUUUAACAAAGCAGUGGAUCGCUGAUUCUGUAUGGAAUCGUAAGGCAUGGCAUGAAUUCUUUUUGUAAAUAAAGUUUGAAAUAA